AUGGCCAAGACAUCAGCAGUGCCGCCAGCAGACAAAAUAUUCGCUGGCAAGGUCUUUGUCCUACAAGGCGAUUUUGGGCGUUUCCCUCGAACUCACCUAAACAUCGCGCGUCUAAUCGCCCGCCACGGCGGCCGCGUCGACAGCACAGUAACAGACCGAACCACCCUCCUCGUAACCACCAUCGAGGAGUUCCAGAAGCGAUCCUCUGCGAUCGAGAAGGCAAUUUCAUUGGGGAAGGCGAGAUGCAGAAUCGUUCAGUGGGAUUAUGUGGAAGAUUCCAUUUUCACCAAGAAUGGGAAGCCGAGAGUCAUUUCGGCGAAUUUUCAUGAGAUUCAAAGUGUGUUGAAGAGACAGAAUCGUCUCAGCGAGGCAAAAGCUAUUUACAAGAAAACGUUUAUUAAGGAUGCCAAUUCCAUGAAGGGAUUGGCCGAUCCGGGCCUCCACCAUGUCUACGUCGACACCACAGCCUUCAAAUAUCUCGUGGUCUUAAGCUGCCUCACAAAAAUCGACUCCAAAACCCGAGUCGAAAAAUACACCCUCCUCCUCUUCGAAUCCAACGCCUCCCCCUACACCUACACCGUCGGCGCGAAAUUCAACCGCCCCGGCGCCGCCACCACCUACAUCAAAGAAUACAUGGUCCCCUCCACCUUCGACGUCGCCUUCCGACAGUUCCGGAAGUUCUUCAGGAUUAAGGCGGGGAUUGACUGGGAUUGCAGGUUGGAUGGGGUGAGGGGGGGGGAGGAGGCGUUCGUGUAUGUGCCGCCGGUGAGGGGGGAGCCGAGGGGGGUGAUGCCGAAGGAUUGGAAAGAACCAGAGUCGAAUAAACCCGACAAUGGAUUGGACAAGCAGGCGGGUAGUGGUUGAUUGGGGUCAUUGGGGGAUGUUGUCCUCGAGAAGAGUACGAUGCUGCGCCCCUUUUUUUUUCCAAUCUGGAGUCGUGAGCGCUUUCUGCGGUUGGGGGUAGGUAUGACCAGGCACUCGACGGAUUUCUUUCUGGUGGGGAAUGGGUGUCUGCAUUGCUUUAUGGGAGGGGGGAUGGAACUGGAUUUUACAAGUUUGGGAAACGGACGCAAGCUUAGCAACGGCAUGGAGAACAGAAACAGCA